GAGGACUGUGAAAGAAGAAGAAUGGAGUGUUUAGAUGAAAUGUCCAAUCUUGAAAAGCAAUUUACAGACCUUAAAGAUCAACUUUACAAAGAAAGAUUAAGCCAAGUGGAUGCAAAACUACAAGAGGUCAUAGCUGGAAAAGCACCCGAGUACUUAGAACCAUUGGCAGCUUUACAAGAAAAUAUGCAAAUCCGAACAAAGGUGGCAGGUAUCUAUAGAGAGCUUUGUCUGGAAUCUGUGAAGAACAAGUACGAAUGUGAAAUUCAAGCGUCUCGACAGCACUGUGAGAGUGAAAAGCUUCUACUGUAUGAUACUGUACAAAGUGAACUGGAGGAGAAGAUUAGAAGACUUGAAGAAGACAGGCAUAGCAUUGACAUUACCUCAGAGUUAUGGAAUGAUGAACUGCAGUCCAGGAAGAAAAGGAAGGAUCCAUUCAGUCCAGACAAAAAGAAACCUGUUGUUGUGUCAGGCCCCUAUAUAGUUUAUAUGUUACAAGACCUUGAUAUACUUGAAGACUGGACAACAAUAAGGAAGGCAAUGGCUACACUGGGGCCACACAGAGUAAAACCAGAACCACCUGUCAAAUUAGAAAAGCAUCUACACAGUGCUAGGUCUGAAGAAGGAAGACUCUAUUAUGAUGGAGAGUGGUAUGGACGUGGACAGACGAUAUGCAUUGAUAAGAAAGAUGAAUGUCCUACAAGGAACUUUAUGGAAGCACUAAUCUGCACUGAUGUUCAUAAAGCAAGCUUAAUGCUGUCAAGAAUGCCUGUGCUCUAG